CUGCGAGGGGUACCGAAUGUCUUAUGUUUAUUUAAUUGCAACAAAUUCGGACAGCGUAACAUUCUCGAAUAACAAAAUUACAAACAAGAUAGUCAACAAAAAGUUCGCAUGAGAUAUGCGAAUACUUUCUAAAAAUGGCUUCUCCGUCUGAGGCAAAAGUUGGUUUGGCAACUUUAUGUGAUGGUCGAUCAUCAGGUGAAGUAAUUCAGUUGAAGUUAACCCCAGAAGUUCUCGUCCUACUGAGAGAAGAGUAUGUCCACAGAGAUGCACCGGCUGAAGAAAAUGGCAACAAUUCCAUUCUUGAUGUGGUGCGCACGGUGGAGGUAUGCCGGGACACCGAGGGAGGUCUGGGACUAAGCGUGAAAGGCGGCUGUGAACACAAGUUACCUGCCCUUAUCUCCCGAAUCAUACCCGACCAGGCAGCAGCCAGAACCCAGCAGCUGUUUGUAGGGGACGCUAUCUUGAAGGUCAAUGAGGAGAGCAUAGAGGGGCUCUCACAUGAUCAGGUGAUUGAGGUGCUGAAGUCGGCUGGCGACCAUGUGACCUUGACCGUGAAGUAUUUCAAGCCUGCUGCAGUCUUCCUGAACAAGUCACAUGAUGCUGAGCAUUUUAACGACAAUGAGAGGACUGCUUCUCCGCCGGGAGUCAUUUUGCCUCGAAUCGAGAAAACCUGGGUCGUGUAUUCUUCCAUUCCACUGUUGUAUGCCUAUCUGACCAGAUACAGGUCUGGCACAGAUCAACUGAGGAGCAAUGCCUUCGAGCUGGUUGGGAUUGACGGGAACACAUCCGGGGUGCUCCAGUUUGAUGACAAUCAUUCCCUCGCUGAAUGGCUGGCCGCCAUCACCAACAAUAUACACGGUCUGCUCAGUCAAAUGAUCAAAAUGAUGAACACAUUGCUGUUGCCAGAAGAACAAAUACAGUUCAUGGGUUGGAGUCAACAAAGGGGCUCCCCAGGCAAACGCACCCAACCCUGGACCCCUAAAUAUGUGGCCCUAAAGGGGCCAGAUAUAUACCUGUUUGAUGUGCCACCAAUGCAGGCUAAAGAUUGGUUCAACUGUGACACCGUCUUCCAUGUUUACGAAUGCAUGUUCAAAGUUCUGCAGGAUUCAGAACUUGUGGACGACAAGCAGCAUUGCUGUUCAAUACAGACCACAAGUCGAGAGAUGAUCUACCUCAGCUUGGAGAGUCGAGCUGAACUGCUGCAGUUAGAGAAGGCCUGGUACCGAACAAAUCACACUGCAAUCACACGAUUAAAGGUGAAGACCUUUGGAUGUACCUACCAAGGUCGACUCUCUGGACUGGCGCUAGACUUUGAUGUUGGGUUCUCACUGUAUGACAGCCAAACUAAGACGUACAUGUGGACAUACAAAUUCUCGCAAUUGAAAGGCUCAUCCGAUGAUGGGAGACAGAAAUUAAAGCUGCAUUUUUCUUCCGACAAGCCUGGCCAAGUUGAAACCAGGGAGGUGGAGUGUUCAAGCCUUCAGCUGUUACUGUUCUGUAUCCACGCGUUCCUGUCUGCCAAACUUGCCUCUGUGGACCCCACUUUCCUUGCCAACUACUGAGGCGUUCUCAUGGUGCAAUAGCAAUACAUUGCGUGAAAAUAUUGCAAAUAUGUGAUUUACUUUAUAAACCAGCAUUGCAGAUGGAAAAUAGUUCUUACAUGCCAGCAUUGCAGAUUGGUAGGAGUUCUUACAUGCCAGCAUUGCAGA